AUGACUCGUGCAACUGACUUGAGGCUCCACUUUGCUGAGCUUGUAGUCUUUCACAUUGUGAGUUUUCUUUUUCAGGUUGCAAAGCGCUUGGAGAGGUUUAAAACUACAAUUUUCACACAAAUGAGUAUGCUUGCUAUCAAGCACGGAGCAAUUAAUCUCGGCCAAGGCUUCCCCAAUUUUGAUGGCCCCGAGUUUGUUAAAGAAGCAGCCAUUCAAGCCAUUAAAGAUGGGAAGAAUCAAUAUGCUCGUGGAUAUGGAGUUCCUGACCUCAACGCAGCCGUGACCGCCCGGUUCAAGAUAGAUACUGGACUUGUGGUUGACCCUGAGAAGGAAGUUACUGUUACCUCAGGAUGCACUGAAGCAAUUGCCGCAACCAUAUUGGGUUUGAUUAAUCCUGGUGAUGAGGUGAUCCUCUUUGCUCCUUUCUAUGAUUCUUAUGAAGCUACCCUUUCCAUGGCUGGUGCCAAAAUAAAGUGUGUCAAGUUACGGCCUCCAGAUUUUUCUGUCCCCAUUGCGGAGCUCAAGUCUACGAUCUCAAAGAAUACUCGUGCAAUUCUCAUAAACACUCCACAUAAUCCCACAGGGAAGAUGUUUACUCGAGACGAACUCAAUGUGAUUGCAUCUCUCUGCAUUGAGAAUGAUGUGUUAGUUUUCACUGAUGAAGUUUAUGACAAGUUAGCUUUUGAAAUGGAUCACAUUUCUAUGGCUUCUCUUCCUGGGAUGUAUGAGCGGACAGUUACCAUGAAUUCUCUGGGGAAGACAUUCUCUCUAACGGGCUGGAAAAUUGGGUGGGCAAUAGCUCCCCCACAUUUGACCUGGGGAGUGAGGCAAGCACACUCAUUCCUCACAUUUGCUACAUCCACUCCAAUGCAGUAUGCAGCUGCAACUGCCCUUCAAACCCCAGACUCGUAUUAUGAGGAGCUGAAGAGAGAUUACAUGGCAAAGAAGACAAUUCUGGUGGAGGGAUUGAAGGCUGUGGGUUUCACAGUAUUCCCAUCAAGUGGAACUUACUUUGUGGUGGUAGAUCACACGCCUUUUGGACUAGAAAGUGAUGUUGCCUUCUGCGAGUAUCUGAUCAAGGAAGUUGGAGUUGUAGCAAUUCCAACUAGUGUGUUUUAUUUGAAUCCAGAAGAUGGAAAGAAUCUUGUGCGGUUCACCUUCUGCAAAGAUGAGGGGACUCUCAGGAGUGCAGUUGAGAGGAUGAAAGAUAAGCUGCUGAGGAAGUGAUGACCCGAGUGCAGAGCUGCUACUAAUAUGGUCUAAAAUGCAUUGUUCGUAUGAACAGGGUUGUGCUUUCAUGUUCAGCAUUUAGGACAAAGGUAAUUGAUUGUUAUCUUCCAGCAGGCUGAAGAAGUGCACUUAGCUGAAUCGGUGAGGCCUUUUUGAGCGAAUACAGUCCCCUUGGGAGUAUUGUUUGUUAUAAAACCCUGAAAAACAUCAAGACAGAGCUUUUGACUAAAGUCAGUCUCCCCAAUAUCUUUAUUUUCAAACCCAGUCAGUUUUAAACUUAUUUUCUAAACUCAGUCUUUUUUUAAAAACGUAACUCCGAAUGAC